AUGUGCACAAAGGACCCUGAGCUCCAGAGCCAGCUGGAUCACAGCCGGAAUAUCGACAAAAACAUACAAGCCGAGGCGAAGAAGCUGUCGACGGACCCCUCUGUCAAGUUGCUUUUGCUGGGGACAGGCGAGAGCGGCAAAUCCACCAUUCUGAAGCAGUUCAAGCUCAUCCACGGGGCGGGAUUCUCCAAGAUCGAGUUGUCCGUCGUCCGGGAUUGUGCCCUCGGCAACUUGGUCACCUCGAUGAUAUCCCUGAUCGACGCCAUGACACCACUCAACAUCGAAUUUGAGGAUCCCGAUCGAGCCAUGGUACGCAUAUCCGUUUUGACUCCGUACUAUUCGCCCGAGACGGAUAUGUCGGUCGAUCAGAUUGAAGCCAUAGAGUGCCUGUGGAGCGACGAAGGCAUCCAAAGGUGCUUCAAGCAAUCGAACAAAUUCCAGCUGUUGGACUCGUGUGAAUAUCUCAUGUCGAACAUCCGGAGAAUCACCGCCAAGAACUUUGUGCCGACGCCGGACGAUGCGCUUCGAGUCCGGAUCAUGACGACGACGGUGACCGAGAGCGUCUUUGAGAUCAAAUCCGUGCGCAUCCGGAUAUUCGACAUUGGCGGCCAGCGCAGCGAGCGGCGCAAGUGGAUGGCGUAUUUUGAUGACUGCCAAGCCAUGAUCUUCAUGUCGGCAGUUGGGUCCUAUGACCAGGUGUGCUCUGAAGACGAGGAGACCAACCGAAUGGUCGAGUCUCUCCGGGUCUUUGAAGGGAUAUGCAACAACCCACUCUUUGAGAAGACAGCCAUCAUUCUCUUUCUCAACAAGAUCGAUGUGCUGACGAGCAAAUUGACCAGCAUCCCAGUGAGCGACUAUUUUCCAGACUACAAAGGGCCGAAUGAGGUGCGGGCAGUGUGCGAGUACUUUGGCUCCAAAUUCCUGGCCACCAACAAGGCUCCCAGCCGCAAGAUCUACAUUCACCAAACCGUUGCCACCAACACAGACCAAGUCCGCAAGGUCAUUGCGGAUGUGGUGCGGAUCGUGGCCAAGGAGAACCUAGCCAAGAAUAAUCUGUUGUAACGAACAGCACCCUCGACAAAACGGCCCAAAAUACAGAGAGCAGCGG